UUGAAAUAAAAAGAAAGACACAUGUUUAUGUUACUUUAAGGCAAAGAAAUUUACCGUUCUCCCAUAUUCGAAGCAAAAUAUCAUAGUUUAAGUGAAGUGGACGAUUCAAUAUAAUUACAGCAUAUUUAUAUUGUGAAGAACAUUCAAAUAUCUUAAGAGGAUCCCACUUUGUUACAUUCAAGUUUGUAUUAUCCUGCAUUGCUGGAUGUAACUUAACUGUCUUGAAAUCUAAACAAAUAGUUCACAGCUAGGUUAUAACUCACAAAUUUUUUAAUUUAUGAUUUAAAGUAUUCAAUCACUGUUACUCAAAUUUUUAGUUAUUGAGGCCUUAUGUAACUACAGAAAAAUAUUUAAGUAGAAUUAAAUAUACAACAUUCAGCAGUUAUGUUUGAACUUACGUAAUAAUUGCCGGAAUCUAUUUGUGACGAAGCUCAAUUUCAAAAUAUUUCUUCUAAGGUUGCACAUAACGUAUAUAUUCACAUAAAUGCCUACAUUAAAUGAGAUAAUAAAAAUUAGAGAGUAGAAAAGAUAAAUUUAUCAGUAUCUGUAUUUCAAAUUUCAAGGUCAUUGAAACCAUUUAUGAUAAAUGUUUUUUCUAAACCUUUCCAUAGAGACAAGCAACGUUUAAAACAUACAUCAAUUCUUUAAAAAAAUAAUUAAAUUUAUUGUUUGUACUGAAGAAAUAUGACAAUGUCAUUAACUUUUUUUUAGCUUUUUGUACAUUUAAUUACUCCGAUAUUUAAAUAAUUUAGAUUGAUGAAAAUAAUUAUUUGAAAUGUCUUCCAAAAUUUGGUUUUGGAAAAAGGUAUCUGGUAACACUAACCACUUUAAUGAUAUACUUUAUUUAUGUCCAAAAUUACUUCCAAGUCAAGGCAUUCUUAUAUAUUUUGGAGGUGAUGUACAAGAUAUUGAGGAAAAUAUGAAACAACAUCCAGAUAGUAAAAAAUAUGUAGAGUGGAGUUUAGAAAAUACUGCACACAUACUUUCAACAAAUUUUCCAACUAAACAUGUACUUGUCAUUCGACCAUCAAGAAUACACCUAACAAGAAAUGCUAGCUUCAGUUGUUAUGAUAAUUUUGUACCUUCAAAUGAGUAUGGUGUACCAUCAUUUUCUCCAUGUCAUAACGCUUUAAAACAUUUACAAGGAUUAGUAAAUUCCUUGUUAGAAAAUUUGAAAGCAUAUAAUAAAAAUGAGGAUCCUACUCAUUUUAAUAUUGGUGAAACAACAUUAUCGUUAAUGGGCUUUAGCAAAGGCUGUGUUGUACUGAACCAAUUACUCCAUGAAUUUCAUUACUAUCGCAAUAAAUCACAUUUUGAUUUUGAAAUUAGUAACUUCAUAAAGCUCAUUGACUAUAUGUGGUGGUUGGAUGGCGGACAUGGAGGUUUGAAAGAUACAUGGAUCACAGAUAAACCUAUAUUAGAGUCUUUUGCAAACUUAAAAAUAGGAGUUCAUGUACAUGUCACGCCAUAUCAAGUUUGUGACUUUCAUCGUCCAUGGAUCCGUGAAGAAGAAAAUCAGUUUUGUAAUAUUUUACAAAGUAUGGGAGUUCCUUUGAAACGAAUUUUACACUUUGCAGAUGAACCAAGAAGUUUAGAAUUACAUUUUAAUGUUCUUAAAACUAUUGGAAAUUAUACUUAGUUAUGUUUUAUUAUUUGAUUUGAUUAAAGUACGCUUUGAGGAACAAUUAAUCACGAGGAAAAACUAUAAGUACGAAGUACAUUAUUGUUGAGAAGACUUAAUUUUUCUAUGUUAUAUUACAUAAUAUACUCUCUGUGUAAAAAUUACUUAGAUCAUUGUAAAAAUAUUAAUACAUUCGCUACCGCCAACAUGAAUUCAUGCCUCUUCAAAUAUAAUAACUUUCAAAAAACAGAUCAUUACAAGACUAGUAUUUCAAAACAAAUUUUAUAACUUUUGUCCCUGUUUAAAUGUCAGAAAUUUAUGGCAAUUAGCUUAAAAGUUUCUUCAUAUUCAUUAGAAAAUUAUAUAUUAACAGAUUAAAAUAUUAACAGAUUAUACACAAAAAAUCUGUAGUGAUCACUAUUUAUAGAUACGCACAAUUUGUGACUAUUUAUGUAUAGGGACAAUAAAAUGGAUAACUGCUAUAGUGCUGGCUAAUACAAUAAAGAUUAAUUCCAUUAACAACCCAACAGUGUUAAUAAUCAGAAAUGAGUGUCCUAUGUAUCCAAAAAUAUGCGUGUAUAAAUAUUUAACAUAUAAUAUCUUACACAAUUUUUGUAUGUUACUUUUGAAUAUUUGUUAAUUUUAAAUUUAGUU